AACAUAUCAGAAUCCACGAUAUAUCAACAAUUUCAAUAGCAAGUGCCAUUUUGGCCUACAGUUAAGACUAGCCAAAGAAUUUCUGUGCUGUUAUAAAAUCAACAAACACACAACACAUCCGGAAGGGAGGAUCAUCUGUACGCCUGCGGAGCUGUCUGGGGCAGUAAAAAUGCGGUUCACAUUAUUCGUUUGCCUCAUCAUCGGGGCCCUGAUCAACUAUGCUGCUGGCGUUGAUCCAACUAAUUUCAAGACCUGCGAGCAGAGCAGCUUCUGCAGACGCUCGCGCAAGGUGCAGAGCUCGGGCAGCAAAUAUGCGCUCAUACGGGGCACACUGAACACGUACACGGAUUCGGUGACCGCCGACUUGAUCAACAAGGAGAAUCAUCAUCAGUUCACCAUGAAGCUGGAGGCUCUGGUCGGCAGCACCUUCCGUUUGCAGAUCGAUGAGAAGCAGCCGUUGCGUCCGCGCUAUCGCGUUGAGCAUGCGCUAAAGGGCAAGCCGGAGACAGCACAGAUACGUGUGCUGGAAUCGGAUGAGCUGACUAUUACGUCUGGCAGCGCCAAGGCUGUCAUACAAGGUGAUCCGUUUCGCAUUGAUUUCUAUGAGAACGAUGUGCAUGUCGUGUCGGUGAAUGCCAAGAACUGGCUAUACUUCGAGCAUCUGCGGCAGAAGGCGCAAGCGCCAGCCGGCGAGGCAGCCGAGGGCGGCGAUGGGGCACAGCAGGAGCAGCAGGAACAGAACUCGGAUGCCGUACAGUCGCCCAGUGAACCAGUUGAUGAGCCCGGCACAUGGGAGGAGAACUUUAAGUCGCAUCACGACACCAAGCCAUACGGACCACAGGCCGUUGCGCUCGAUUUCUCGUUCCCCGCCUCGGAGAUGCUCUUUGGCAUACCCGAGCAUGCCGAUAGCUUUGCGCUCAAGUCCACCUCCGGCACGGAUCCCUAUCGUCUAUACAAUUUGGAUGUCUUCGAGUAUAUUGUGGACAGUAAAAUGGCGCUUUAUGGCUCGGUGCCAGUGCUCUAUGGUCAUGGUCCUCAACGCACCGCCGGCGUCUACUGGCAGAAUGCCGCCGAGACCUGGGUGGAUAUCUAUACGACUGAAACGAAUGUGGUCUCUUCGCUGGUUAACUUUGUGUCGGGCUCACGCAAAUCGACGCCACCAGCGGCUCAUUUCAUAUCCGAGUCGGGCAUUGUGGAUGUCUUCAUAAUGCUGGGUCCCAAGCCGAUUGAUGUCUUCAAGCAAUAUGCUGCACUGACCGGCACACAUGAGUUGCCGCAGUUGUUUUCGCUGGGCUAUCAUCAGUGCCGCUGGAAUUACAAUGAUGAGCGUGAUGUGACCUCCGUUUCGGCCAAGUUCGAUGAGUAUAAUAUGCCAAUGGAUACCAUGUGGCUGGAUAUUGAGUAUACGGAUGGCAAACGCUAUUUCACAUGGGACAAAUUCAAGUUCCCCGAACCGCUGACCAUGAUUAAGAACCUAACCGAACUGGGCCGUCAUCUGGUGGUCAUCAUUGAUCCGCACAUUAAGCGCGACAAUGCCUACUUCUUCCAUCAGGAUUGCACCGAGAACGGCUACUAUGUGAAGACGCGUGAGGGCAAUGACUACGAGGGCUGGUGCUGGCCCGGCUCGGCCAGCUAUCCGGACUUUUUCAAUCCGGUUGUGCGCGACUAUUAUGCCAGCCAAUAUCAGUUGUCCAAGUUCAAGACUGUCACAGAGGAUGUCAUGAUCUGGAACGAUAUGAAUGAGCCGUCUGUGUUUAAUGGACCCGAAAUUACCGCGCCCAAGGAUCUGGUGCACUAUGGCAAUUGGGAGCAUCGCGAUGUACACAAUCUCUACGGUCAUAUGCAUCUAAUGGGCACCUUUGCUGGCCUGCAGCAACGCGAUCCUAACCAGCGUCCAUUCAUUUUGACGCGCGCACAUUUUGCGGGCUCGCAGCGUUAUGCUGCCAUUUGGACGGGCGAUAAUAUGGCCGAUUGGACGCAUUUGCAGCAUUCGAUCAAGAUGUGUCUGACCGAGGCCGUCGCUGGUUUCUCCUUUUGCGGCGCCGACAUUGGCGGCUUCUUUGGCAAUCCAGAUGCUGAGCUGCUUGAGCGCUGGUAUCAAACUGCCGCCUUUUUACCCUUCUUCCGUGCUCACGCUCACAUCGAUACCAAGCGCCGUGAGCCGUGGCUCUUCCCCGAACGCACUCGGCAAAUCAUCAAGAGCGCUCUGCUCAAGCGCUAUAGUUACUUGCCGUUGUGGUAUACCGGCUUCUAUGAGCUGGAGCAGACUGGCGAGCCAGUGAUACGACCCAUGUUGACCCACUAUCCACUGGACAAGGAGGCCUUUGCCAUUGAUAAUCAGCUGCUGGUGCAGCAGCGUUUGCUGGUGCGUCCUGUGAUGCAGCAGGGCGUCAGCAAGGUGGAUGUAUAUUUCCCGGCCAUUGACGAUAAGAAGAACGGCGACUAUUGGUACGAUGUGGAUACCUAUCAGCGGCAGGAGCGCGCCGGCUACGAGAGCAUACCAGUCGACGAUAACAAGAUACCCGUUUGGCAGCGCGGCGGCAGCAUUGUGCCCAAGAAGGAACGUCAGCGUCGCUCCUCCAAGCUGAUGCUCAACGAUCCUUAUACAUUGGUCAUUUGCCUGGAUCGUCAGGGCAAGGCUGCCGGCACACUUUUCCUGGAUGAUGAGAAAUCGUAUGCGUAUCGCGAUGGUAAACACAUCUAUGUCAGCUAUGAGUUUGCCGACAAUCAACUGACCAAUCGCUUCAUUGGCAAGCCCCAAUACAAAUCGGACGCCUGGAUUGAGCGCAUUAUCAUUGCCGGCCUGGGCCAUGUGCCGAGCUCUGCCACGAUCACAGUGAAUGGCAUCAGCCAGCAGCUGGAGGUGGAGCAGCGCAAUGGGGCAAUUGUUGUGCGCAAGCCGGCUGUCAAAAUGAAUGUUGACUUUGCUCUCAAGCUCAACGUUUGAUUGUGGUAUUAACUAAAAGUGUCCUGCACAACAAAUAGCUUCAGCCCCGCCAACUAGCAGGAUCUGACAUUAUUCUUAGAUAUAUACAUGAAUUUUUUUUAUAUUCCAUGUAUGCUUCUAGUUGAUAGUUACACGUUUUUUUUUUUUGUAUGGCAUCGAUUAACUAUUCGUAGCUGGGUGCGUGCAGCUCCAGAUGAAAGUAAAUUCCAAUUCCAAUAAAUGAAUUUAAUGCGAGUUUCCCUAAGGCUUUCAAAAGCUUCUAUCUAA